AUGACGGUUUAUUUUUUAUCUACAGCAGUUAUGUUGUUCAAAACGGGCCUCAGUGACCUGAGGAUUAUUUCCUCCGCGAACAAAUUUUGUGCAUUUCUUGCAUUUGUCAUAACACCAGGAUUUUCUCAUUUCUCCUUUACUUGCGUGAGUCUUAAGUCUGCUCUCCUUUUACCCUUUCUUUGCCUCCCUAGUUCACCUCUGAGCAUCGCAUCAUCUGGCUUGUGUUCUUAUUUCUUCGCGGUGUUCUUACGAUGCCUAUCAGCCUUUUCGCCCUGGACAGGCGUAAUUGCUGCUUUCGUCUUCGCAACCGUUCUUAUCUCCUCCUUUUCAUUUUAUGAUCCUGUUAGUACCUAUCUAUCUAUCUAUCUAUCUAUCUAUCUAUCUAUCUAUCUAAGGCAUGGCAUCCUAACAUUUUCUAUCUAUCUAUCUAUCUAUCUAUCUAUCUAUCUAUCUAUCUCAGGAUAUAUGUAUCUAUCUCAUAAGAGGAUAUCUAUCUAUCUAUCUAUCUAUCUAUCUAUCUAUCUAUCUGUAUCAGGACAUAUGUAUCUAUGUCAGUCAGUAUCUAUCUAUCUAUCUAUCUAUCUAUCUAUCUAUCUAUCUAUCUAUCUAUCUACUUUGAUAUUUAUUUGA